CAUGACGUGUUUAGACUUUUUAGCGGAAAGUAGCUACGGCAGUCUUUGCUUAUAGCUGUCUGAUAAAGCGCGUAGCAUCUGGUGGAAAUGCGCUGUUUUUGCCGCGUACCUAAAACGCCUCAUUCGACCUUUCUGUAGACGAAGAACUGAAUAUUAUUUGGUCGGUAUGAGUCUAGAGGUGGCUUGCUUGUCGUUUCGCCAGCCGUACGCCACUCUUGUGUUGAACGGCGUGAAAGCAGUAGAGAGCCGGUGGCGGCCUCUGCUGUCAGGGCUGCGGAACUGCACCCUGGCGGUUCACAUCGCUCAGAAGAGCUGGGAAGGGGAGGACUGGAGGCUCGUCCUCACCGAAAGACUGGGAAUGACUGCCGUGCAAAUCGAGGAGCUGCUGGAGACUGGAGAAAGGUUCGGGCGUGGUGUUAUAGCAGGUCUUGUUGAUGUGGAGGAGACGUGGCAUUGUCCUGAGGAUAUUCCCUCUGAAGAGAUGAGAGAACUGGAAACAGCCGCUUGCUUGACUGAACUCAAAAUGAAAUACCUUACAAGACUCUCGAACCCCCGGUGGCUCAAAGAACCGAUAUAUUCCAGGGGCCGUAAAGAUGUGUGGACAGUACAUAUCCCACUUCAUCUCCUGCCCUCUGCUGCUCCUCAUCCAUAACAGUGUUCAGUAAUGUAUUUGUGUCUGAUUUGAAUUGUGUCCUAAUUCAAACCUAAUGUUUUUUUACAUUAAAUAUAAAAAAUGUGUUUGUUA